AUGGUCAACAUCAUUAACUCGUGGUGGCUAGUAGCAGACUUCGCUACUGGUUCACUUGGCACCGCCAAGUCUCAAACGAAUUCGCAUCUGGGAUCGUCCCGACUUCCGGAACUGAAUAUCCUCGCUGACACGGAGCCCCCAAGUGCUAUCCCUGCUUCUGGUUCUAUCCCCGAAUUGACGUCUUCAACAUCGUCGUCCAGCCAAUCCAGCAGUCCGCGCACCAGCACAAGACGCAGCUCAGCCAGCGGAAGUCAACCAAUGGGGAGUAAUGAGGCUGGUUAUGCCGGCUCCUUCAUCACUAAUCCGGUGAUCAUCAAGGGCAACCGCUUCUUCGACUCCGUUACAGGAGACUAUUUUGCCAUCAGAGGUGUCAACUACUAUCCCAGACCCAACACUGGACCCCUGGACAAAAACAACCUCGACCUUUUCUCCAAUGAAUUCAAGCACAUUUGGCAGCGAGAUGUACCGCAGUUUGCUGCGCUUGAAGCCAACGUUAUUCGACUGUACGCCGUCGACCCGGAAGUCGAUCAUACCGACUUCAUGUGCACACUGCAGUCCGCGGGUAUCUACGUCAUCGUCGACCUCGGAGCCAACUGCGAAGGAUGCGAAAUCACAGCCGAUUCCGCGCCAGCAUGCUAUCCCGCGUCCUACAAGACACGCGGAGAGAGGAUCAUUGAGCAGUUCGCGCGAUUCGAUAAUGUCUUGGCGUUCAGUGGGGGAAACGAGAUUAACCACCGUACCGGAGGUAAUCCGUGGACAUGGAACGCGCCGUGCCAGAAGAAGUUCAUCCGAGACAUGCGCGCCUUUAUCCAGUCAUGCCCCAACCUGCGGCAGGUGCCUGUGGGCCUUGUUGUUGCCGAUACAAGCCGAGAUGAUAACGCGCAAUAUUACAACUGCCGCACUGAUGAGAGCGACGAGCUUGAAAACGCGCAGUGGUAUGGCAUCAACACGUACGUGCACUGCGAUGACAUCUCGGACCCCACCAAGGCCACCGGCUUCAACAUGCUACGCGACAGCUUCAAAAGCUACGAUUACUCCAUUCCCGUAGUGCUAACUGAAUUCGGCUGUGUCAGUCCGGCCUUCCCUACUGUGGAUGGCUACGAGGCACAGCGCACAUUCCACGACGCUGUGUUCAUGAACCUGCCAGAGUACAGCGACUACUUCGCCGGUGGCGUGGCCUUCGAGUACUCGACGGAGAAUGCUAAUUCCAUGUCAACGUCAGCCUACCCGUUCAACACGUUCGGUCCACAAAACUAUGGACUAGGGUAUUUUAUGCCGGAGGAAUGCACGGACGCAGGCAUAAACUGCACGUUCCAGCGAUUUCCGAAUUUCGAGAAUCUCAAAGAGGCAUACACGUCGUACGACAGCUCGAGCGAACCAACACUGAGCUCCUACAAAAUCCCCUCGAACCAUGAUGAAUCAUCCGCUUGCCCAAAAGGUUCGCCAAUUUUAAGCAACUUUACCUGGGAGGGAGAUUCGUCCAGAAAUUUGGCAUGUCCAUCGAAGGCAGAAUCGCGAUACCAGUGCCCAAACCUUCCUUGGCACCGAUGGCACAGGUCCUGGCACCGUGCUUAG